AGAGACGCUUGGCGGAGCUUUGCAGUUGGGAGGAGGGGGCGGGAAGCAGUUUGAGCAGGGGGAUACUGGAGAGGUACUGCCCCCCAGAACACCGAGAUUGGUUAAAUGACAUAGGAGGAUCUCUCUUCCCCCAGACAUUACUCAAUGCUGAAACCUUUCAAAGAGGUAGUAGCGACGACGUUGGAAGCACUAUGGAAGGGUUUUAUGAUCAGCAGGUCCCUUUUAUGGCUCCAGUGAAAUCUCGAUCAGAGGAUUGUCGAGGGCGGCCUGUGAUUGACAGAAAGAGGAAGUUUUUGGACACAGAUCUGGCUCAUGAUUCUGAAGAGUUGUUUCAGGAUCUCAGUCAACUUCAAGAGGCUUGGUUAGCUGAAGCACAAGUUCCUGAUGAUGAACAAUUUGUCCCAGAUUUUCAGUCUGAUAACCUGGUGCUUCAUGCCCCACCUCCAACAAAGAUCAAACGGGAGCUGCACAGCCCCUCCUCUGAGCUGUCAUCCUGUAGCCAUGAGCAGGCUCUUGGUGCUACCUAUGGAGAAAAGUGCCUCUACAACUAUUGUGCCUAUGAUAGGAAGCCUCCCUCUGGGUUCAAGCCAUUAACCCCUCCCACCACUCCUUUGUCACCCACCCAUCAGAAUUCCCUGUUUCCCCCACCUCAGGCAACUCUGCCCAACUCAGCGCAUGCCCCUGGAGCUGGCCCAGUACAAGGUGUGGGCCCUGCCCCCACUUCUCAUUCGCUUCCAGAACCUGGACCACAACAACAAACAUUUGCAGUCCCCAGACCACCACAUCAGCCCCUGCCGAUGCCAAAGAUGGUGCCUGAAAACCAGUAUCCAUCAGAACAGAGAUUUCAGAGACAACUGUCUGAACCCUGCCACCCCUUCCCGCCUCAGUCAGGAGUUCCUGGAGAUAAUCGCCCCAGUUACCACCGACAGAUGUCAGAACCUAUUGUCCCUGCAGCUCCCCCACCCCCUCAGGGAUUCAAGCAAGAAUACCAUGACCCGCUCUAUGAGCACGGGGUUCCUGGGAUGCCAGGUCCCCCAGCACACGGGUUCCAGUCACCAAUGGGAAUCAAGCAGGAGCCCAGGGAUUACUGCGUUGAUUCAGAAGUGCCUAACUGCCAGUCAUCCUACAUGAGAGGGGGGUAUUUCUCCAGCAGCCAUGAAGGUUUUUCAUUUGAAAAAGAUCCCCGGUUAUACUUCGAUGACACUUGCGUUGUGCCCGAAAGACUGGAAGGCAAGGUCAAGCAGGAGCCCACCAUGUAUCGGGAGGGGCCCCCCUAUCAGCGGCGAGGCUCCCUUCAGCUCUGGCAGUUCCUUGUCACCCUUCUUGAUGACCCAGCCAACGCCCAUUUCAUUGCCUGGACAGGCCGAGGCAUGGAGUUCAAGCUUAUAGAACCAGAGGAGGUUGCUCGGCGUUGGGGCAUCCAGAAAAAUCGGCCAGCCAUGAACUAUGACAAGCUGAGCCGUUCUCUGCGCUAUUACUAUGAAAAGGGCAUCAUGCAGAAGGUGGCUGGGGAGCGAUAUGUCUACAAAUUUGUCUGUGACCCAGAUGCCCUUUUCUCCAUGGCCUUCCCGGACAAUCAGCGUCCAUUCCUGAAGGCGGAGUCUGAGUGCCCCCUCAACGAGGAGGACACCCUGCCGCUGACCCACUUUGAAGACAACGCUGCUUACCUCCUGGACAUGGAUCGCUGCAGUAGCCUCCCCUAUGCUGAAGGCUUUGCUUACUAAGUGGCUGAGUGGCCAAACCCUAGAGCUAGCAGUUCCCAUUCUGGCAAAUGAGGGCAGUGGUUUUGUUUGUGUUCUUGGCUGUUCCUAAAGCUUGCCCUUUGAGUAUUAUCUGGAGAACCCAAGCUGUCUCUGGAUUGACACCCUUAAGGACCAAUACCUUGGCUGGGGAGUGGGAACAGGGAAGGGCAGAAAAACACCAAAAGGCUGGUGCCUUGACUUCUGAUUCUGACAGGAUUUCUGAGAAGAGAUGGAAAUGGAGCCUCUUACCACCACGGACAAUAUAUGCAAAGCAAUACCUUGUUCAGUUAGUACCCACAAAAUGGGUCCAGUGUGUGACAAUCUGCAUUGAUCAUGGACUACUAAUGCCUUUAC